CCCAUGAUUUUGUAGUUCACGUCUCUGAAAUCACAUCCUUUCGUGCAAAUUCCUCUCAUAGUCGUUUUUUUAACUUUGGAAGAGAAAAUGCAGGCGGGAAAGAACGCAGCGGCUUCGAUGAAGGAGACGGCAGGCAACAUCGCUACAUCGGCCAAGGCCGGGAUGGACAAGACCAAGGCAACUGUCCAAGGAAAGGCAGAGAAGACGACAUCCCACGACCCGUUGGAAAAGCAAAUGGCGGAAGAAAGGAAGGAAGAGAAGAUAACCCAAGCUGAGAUCAACAAACUGCAGGCGAAAGAGCAGAACGCGGCGGCCAAAGAGUCGGCACGUGCCGGUCAGACUGGCACUGUAACCCUUCACCCAACGGCAGCACUGCCCGGGCAUGGGACGGGGCAGCCCCAUGGGCAGGUGACUAGCGGGGUUGUUGGGUCCCACCCUACUGCGACGAACACUGGCACCGGCACCACCACUGCCCGUAACCCUCUCGCGGGCGGCACCGACCAGACAGGGUACGGGACAGGUGGCGGUCACAGCUGAACGGGGCAAGACGUGAAAGGUGUUGUUGUUGGUAGGUCUGUUUUCGUUAUGCGACUCGUGGUAAUUCUGUAGUCUGUCAUGUAUGUUAUGUGUUUUCAGGCAGCGUAUGUUAGCGUCUCUACAGUGGUUUCAUGGACUAUUGCUACCACGUGUUUUGCAGUAGAUAUAUUUCAAUAAUGUGGCGAGGGCCACUUGAAAAUGA